AGAUGCCCGUUAAUUGAAUUGAAGUUUUAAUAUAUUCAGUGCUUUUGGUUUUCUAUUUUUCCUUAGGCCUCUAGGACCAGAGAGUCUCUUGCUUCGUGGAGCCAGAUUAAAAAACACAAAAGAAAUUUUUGGUGUUGCUAUAUACACUGGAAUGGAAACUAAGAUGGCAUUAAAUUACAAGAGCAAGUCACAGAAACGAUCUGCUGUAGAAAAAUCAAUGAAUACAUUUUUAAUAAUUUAUCUAAUAAUCCUUAUUUCUGAAGCCAUCAUCAGUACUAUCUUGAAGUAUACAUGGCAGGCUGAAGAAAAAUGGGAUGAACCUUGGUAUAACCAAAAAACAGAACAUCAAAGAAAUAGUAGUAAGAUUCUGAGAUUUAUUUCUGAUUUCCUUGCUUUUUUGGUACUCUACAAUUUUAUCAUUCCAAUUUCAUUAUAUGUGACAGUUGAAAUGCAGAAAUUUCUUGGAUCAUUUUUUAUUGGCUGGGAUCUUGAUCUCUAUCAUGAAGAAUCAGGUCAAAAAGCUCAAGUCAAUACUUCUGAUCUGAAUGAAGAGCUUGGACAGGUGGAAUAUGUGUUUACAGAUAAAACUGGAACACUUACAGAAAAUGAGAUGCAGUUUCGGGAAUGUUCAAUUAAUGGCAUGAAAUACCAAGAAAUCAAUGGUAGGCUCGUGCCUGAAGGACCAACACCAGACUCCUCAGAAGGAAAUUUAACUUACCUUAGUAGUUCAUCCCAUCUUAACAACUUAUCCCAUCUAACAACCAGUUCCUCUUUUAGAACCAGUCCUGAAAAUGAAACUGAACUAGUAAGCAAUUUUUUAAUUAAUAAAUAAUUUUGUGUUAAUUCUCUUCGAUGCUGGAAGGGUUAUAGGGGAAAUGUUCUGUCAGUGGAGCCAGGAAUAUGUAUUUGAAAUACAUAUCUUUGAAUCAGCACCACAAAGUAUCAUCCUAAGAAUUUGUAGUUACAACCCAAUUUAACCUGUUACUUACUAUGUGUCUGUUUUAGCUCUUCAGGCACUUAAAUGCAACUGAGCUAAGAAAAGCUAUUACAAGUUAGGUGUAG